AUGGAAAUAUGUAAGGAGGAAUGUCAUCUUUUAAGCAUUGAUAAUAUAUUAAGUAAAUAUGAUUUAUAUAUGAAUAAUCUAAUAAAAAAUGAUGGAGUUAGGGAUAUCAUUGAAAAAUUUAUAUUUCAAUAUAAUUCUUUUGAUGAAUGUGAAAAGAAAUUAAUAUAUAUUAUAAAAAAUUUUGAAAAUUUUACUUUUAGAAAAUUUCAAAGACACUAUUUAUUUAUAACAAAUUUAAUAAAAGAAAUAUGUCACACCGAAUUUAUUGCAAUAAUCUAUAAUGAAAUAUUAAAAGAGAGAAAUUUAAAAGAAAGUACAUUUUAUAUAGAAAGGAAUAAUUAUGAAUAUGAAAAUAAAAUAAAAUCUGAUAAACAAUUUAAAAAUACAUGUGAAGCUAUUUAUAAAAAGUAUAUAUUGGUAAUUAUUAAAAUUUUGUAUUUUUCUUCAAAUCUUUCUUAUAACUAUCAUAAAAAUUUAAUAAAUUCUUUAUCGUAUAUUUGUAUAUUAAUAUCGAAAUAUGAUACAUUUAUCUCACCUAAUGAAAAGUUUUCUGAGCUUAUAUAUAGAAUAUUUUGGCAGUAUUACUCAAAAAAUUUUAGUAUAAUUAAUGAAAACUAUUUUUCGGUUGAUGAAGAUGAAAGUUCAUCUUCUUAUGAUGAAAUAUUAAAAAAUGAAAAUUAUCCUACCUAUAUUACUAUAAAUAAUUUACAUGAAAAAAAAACUCAAAAUGUUGAGAUAUAUAAAACUACAGAAAAGGAAAAUUUUGAAAAAAAAAAAAAAAAAAAAGAAAGAAAAGUUAUAGAAAAAUUUAAUGAAAUAAAAAAAGAGAAAUGCAUAAAAAAUAAAAAAAAAUGUGAAUCUAAAAGUAACAAUAUUAUUACAAUAAACAAUAAUGGGGAUUCUAAUGAAGUACACAAAGAGAAACAUAUAAAUAAACAAAAUAAGGAAUUUAUAAAUGAAAAAGGUAAUGAUGAAAAUUUAAAUGAAUGCAAUAAAAAUGAUAUUCAUGGAAUUAAAACAGGUAUAAGUUGUAGUUUAGAUAAAUGCAAUAAUUUAAUCGAAAAUGAAAGUCAUGAAAGUGUAAAUAAAAGAUUAUCUAUCUGUAAAAAUGAUAAAAAAAAAAAAAAAAUGAAAAUAAAAAGUACAAAUAGCGAAAAAAUAAAUAUGGAAAAAGAAUUAAUUAACAAAAAUGAAAUUAAUAUAAACAAAAGUGUAAAUGAAGAAAAAAACUCCCAAAAUAAUGAAAUAUUAGAAAAAGAAAAAAAAAAGCAGAGAGUAGACAAAACAAAAUCAUUAAUUAUAAGUUCUGAAGAAGACUUAGAUCAAAUAGAAAAGAAAGAUAUCAUCCCCAUUAAAUCAGAUAUAAAAGAUGAAAAUAUUUUGUUUGUAAAUAUAAUUUUAAAUAUAUAUAUUAAUUUAUUUAAUUUAAAAAAUAAAAAAAAGUUUUUAUUUUAUUAUGAUAAUGAAAAUAGAUAUAAAGAAUUUUUAUUAAAUAAUGUUGAAAUUAUUAUUAAUCAAAUAAAAGCUAUGAUAAAUAAAGUUAAAAACAAUUUAUGUUUAUCUUUAAUUUAUUUUUUAAAAUUAAUUUUUUUAAUUUUUUCAUUUCUAAAUAAAUUGGCUAAAAAUAAUUUUAAGAGCAUUUAUACAAAUGAAUCAAAUGUAAAUAAAGAAUCUGAUGAAGCGUUUAUGAAAAAUAUAAAAAAUGAAUGUAGUUCAAAUUUCAAAUAUUUUCACAACCCUUUUUUAAAUUCAAAUAAUUAUAAAUUUCCCAUAAUUAAUAAAAAGAAAGAAGAAUAUGCGGAAGAAAACAAAAUAAAAAUAGAAAAUUCGAAUACUCUGAAUUCAUUAAAUAAUAAUGAAAAUGUUUUAAAUAAUUAUGAUUUUGUUUUUAAUAACAACAAUGUUUUUUUUAAUAAUGUAAAUACUACUUCAAAUAACAAUAUAACUUUUGAUAACAAUAUAAAUAAUAACGAUCAUUUUUUUAAUAAUAUUAAUAAUAACAUUUUUAAUUACAAUAUAAACAAUAAUGAAAAUGUUUUUAAUAAUAAUAUUGACAAUAGUUAUUUUUAUAUUAAUAAUCAUUAUAGAAAUAAUAGUAAUUACAUUAAUAAAAGUAUUCAAAGUACUAAUUUAUUCAAUAGCAGUGAUUAUAUUUUUAAUAAUAACAAUUCUUUUUAUUAUAAUAAUAGCGUUAAUAAUUAUAUUAACGGUUACAAUUGUAAUUACAACAACUCUUUUUAUAUAAAUAAGAAUAAAUGUGAAAAUAAUACAUGGAAUUAUAAAAAUAAUAGUAUUAUAAAUGAUAAUAAUAUAAAUAAUAAAAAGAAAAGCAUUCAUGAAAUGGUAAUAGAUAUAUUAACAGGAAUUUACAAUAAAAACUUUUUAGAAAUAUUAGAUAUUUUAUUAAAAUGUGUUGAAAAUAAUUUUAAAGAUGAAUAUAUUAUUGUUAUUAAGAAAAUAUUUUCUUGUAUGUUGAAAAGCUUAGAAUAUAUAAAUGAAAUAAAUAAAUAUAAAAUAUAUAUGUUCAUCUUAGCUAAAAUUGAUAGAUUUAUUAAAAACAAAAGAUAUGAACAUAAUAAUUCUACUCUUAAUAAUUACAAUUGCUACCUAUUAUUAAAUCUAGUAUUUAAUUUAUUUAAAAAUAAUAAAAGAAAAAAAAAUUUAUGGCAUAUAUUAUUUGAAAUUCAUGCGAAUAAAAUUAAAAGAAAGAUGAAUAUGAAGAAUAAUAAUUUAAAAAAUGAUUUAAAUAAUAAAUUGAAUAAUGAAUAUUUUAAAAAUAAAAAUAAUGAUUUCAGUAAUAAAAUGGUAAUUUCCAAUUUAAUAAAAAAUAAUGAUAGAAUUCAAUCAGAAAAUCGUGAAGAUGUAAAGAAGAGUUAUUUGAGGGAAAAAGAAAAUAAUAUAAAAAUAAGUGAUACAAACAAUUUUUUAUUAAACAACAUUAUAAAUUUUUUAUUGGAAUGUUUUAUUAAUAAGGGUUGUAUUAUUAGAUUUUUUAGUCUACGAAUAUUUUAUAUGAUGACUAAGUUAUUUUUACUAUUCAUAAAAAAUAAAAUAUUUGAAUAUGAAGAAGAAAUAUUAAAAAAUUACAUUAUAAAAUCAAUUUAUCAAAAUUUUUUUUUAUGUGUUUUUAAUGCUUUGAAAGAACCGGAUACAAACAUUUAUAUUUAUGUUAAAUUUCGCAAUCUAUGUUUAAACUUGUUAUAUUUGUGUACGAAAAUAUUAUCAACCAAUUUUCUUAAUGAAUUUUAUGAAAAAAUUAUUUAUAACAAUCUUCUUUAUGUUGAUUUCUUUUAUAAAAAUAAAGAAUGUUAUUUAAAUGAAAAAUCAGAAUAUGAUAAAACUUUAAAACAUAUAUAUGUGUUAUUUAUAAAAAAUUCUAAAGAUCUUUAUUUAUUUUCAUCUAUGUUGUUAUUUAAAAAAUGCAAAAAUAUUACGAAUUUCAAAAUUUUUAAGAAUAUUUUUAAAAUAUCAUCAGAUGAGAUUAACAUAAUAUUAAAUAAUUUAAUUACAAAAAAUAAGGAGUGCUUGAAUUCUACAGAAAAUAAUAAUUAUUAUCUUAUAGAUUUAAGUGAAUCAAAUAAUUUGAAAAAAAGAAAAGAAAAUAAUAAAAUAGAAAACUUUAGUUUUAAAAAUAUAAACAUAAAUGAUUUUUUUAGUAAGGAUUCACAAAUAAAACUUAUGUUAAAUAAUAAAAAUGAAGAAGAAUUAAAAGAAGAAGUUUAUAAGAAUUUCUUUUUUAUUAAUAUUUUUUAUUUUUUAGAGUUAAAAGGAUUAAACUGUUACAACAAUACUUAUAUUUAUUAUAUAUUUAAUUGUAUUUUUUGUUUCUUAAAUAUAUAUAUUAAUCGUUUUCUUUUUUUUUCUUCUUUUAUUAAAAAUGAACAUAAUAAUCUAAAUAACAUUUUUUAUUUGGAUACAUAUAAUAAUAAAGAAGAAAAAAAUAAUUUGACUCAUAUAAAAAAUGUGAAAGAUUUUAUAACAGAAUUAUUAUCUUUUUUAAGAAAUUAUUUUAUUAUUAUAACAUUAAUUGAAGAACAUUUAAUUAACAUAAAUGUAGAGCUUUUAUUAAAAAAGAAAACAAAAAAAAAGGAGUUGUUAAAUUUAAAAAAUUUUAAAAAAUUAAUUAUACUUGAAUUACAAAAAUUUUAUUAUACUUUUGUAAAAUUAUUAAAAAUACUAUAUUUAUUAAAUAGAGAAAAUAAAUAUAAUACAACACCGUUUGAAUUUUUUUUUUUUAAAAUGAUACAUUCAUUGGAUAAUCAAUUAAUUGAUAUAUAUACUAAAAGAUAUAUUUUUAAAUUUUUGAAAUAUUUUACUUUUAAUGAAAAAUUUAAAGAUAUUUUAGUAAAUAAAAUUGGUGAUUUUUAUUCUAAAUUAAAAAAUAGAAAAAAGAAAAUUUCUGAUUCCUUUUCAAAAAAAUAUAAUAAAAAAUAUGAAUGUCAAAACAAAAGAAAUGAUAAUUACGAUUGUGAAAGUUUACUUAUAAAAAAUGAAGAUACAAAUUUCAAUGAUAGCAUUUAUGUAAAAGAUGAAAUUACUUCUUCACUUAUAAUUGAAAACGAUAAAAAAAAUGAUAAUAGAAAAAAAAAAAAUAAAAACAAUCAUAAAAAUGAAAAUACUAUAAGUAAAAAGGAUUCAAACACUUUAUUUACAGAAAAAAAUUAUUCAUUGAAAGAAAAUGAAAAUAAUAAUAACACAAAUUUUACAGAAAUUGAUAAAUGUUUAGAAGAAAAAAAUGAACAAAUAUGUGUUAAAAAUAAUGAAAAUUAUAUAAACACAAUUAAAAAAAAGUGUAAUGAAGGACGUGAUAAAUAUAGUGAUAAUUCUGAUUUAAAAAAUAUAAAAAAAAUUAACGUAAAUAAAAAGAAUAUUAAUAAUGAAAAAGAAAAUAAAAUAUGUCCUUUAUAUAGUGAUAUAGAUGACAUAGAUAAAAAAAAAAUUGAAAUAAAAGUUACUGAUUGUAAUAGAGUAUCUGAAGAUUUACUAAACAUAAAAAAAGAAUCUAAUGAUAACACUGAAAUUGUAACAGAAACAAUUAAAUAUUCAAGUAAAGGUAUAAAUAAAAAAGAAAGAAAAUUUAACGCUUCUGUAGAAAAUAAACAUAAAAAAGAAACAAAAAAUAAAAAAGAAGAUAAUGAUAAAGCUAUUGGGGAAGAAAAAAAAGAUAUAAAUGAAAUCGUUCAAAAAAAAAUAGAUUUGAAUGAAAUAAAUGAAAAGAAAGAAUUAGUUGAAAAAGUGGUAGAUAUAAAUAAAAAUAUAAAAUUGAGAAAAAUAAAAGAAAAAAAUAUCUCCGACAAUAUAAAUGAAAAAACUUCUUUUAAAAUAUCAUUAAAUUAUCAUAAAAUAAUAAAUGAAUUAGACAAAUUAAACUUUAACAAAAAACAUAACAUAAACAACUACAAAGAAUGUAAAUUAAAAAAAUCUUUUUACAAAGGUGUAGAAUUAUUUUUAUUAAGUAUAUUUGUUUUUGAAAAAAAUAAAAAUUUAAAUGAUAUAGAUAUUUUUGUAGAAAAUUAUGAUAAAAUAAAUGAAUUAAUUGAUUUUUGCAAAAUGUUUAACAUUGAAAAAGGAUUAGAAAAAAUUGUAAAAUAUUUAUUUUAUUAUUUAAGAGAAGUAAGAAAAAAAAAUAUACCUAAUAUGAUAAAAUUAAUUAUAAAUUCAUUUUUGUAUAUAUCACUUUAUAAAAAUUCGGAAAUACCUUUUUUUUUUAUAUCAUUCUGUUCUAUUUUUAUUAAUUCAAAAAAUACAUAUAUUAAUAAAAUAAUUAUUCAUAACUUUUUGAUUAUUUGUUCUACCUAUGUGGAAAUAUUAAAAAAGAAAAAUUCUAAUAUAAAAAAUAAUAUUUUACUUCAAUAUGAUAACAAUGAAAAUGAUAAUUAUCUUAAUAAAAUAACUGAAGACGAAUUUAAGGAAGUAACGACUUCUACCGUAGAAGAAACUGUUAAUAAUAAUUUACUUGAAGAUAUAAAAAGUAAAAAAAAUUUUAUGAUAGAUAGUGAAAAAGAUGAUGUAGAUAAUUAUAGAAGUAAAAGUGAUAAUCAAAAUAACCAGAAAAAAAAUAAAAAAUAUUUUAAUAAAUCCUCUAAAAAAAAGGAAUUAAAUAAUAAUAUUUUAAUAAAUGAUGACUUAAAAAAAAAUAAAAAUGACAAGAAAUUAAAAAAUAUAAAUAACAAUGAAAAUAACCAAAAUCAUAAUAUAAAUGAGCAAAAAUUUUUAAAUCCAUUGAAUAUUUAUUCGAAUGAGUAUUCUAAAUUAGAAGAGUCAGUUUUUCAUAACAAAAGUAAUGAAAAAGAUUUAGAAGAUAAUUUGUUUUUGCAUCUAAUUAACUUUUAUAUAAAUUUUAUUUGUUCCUUUUAUUUCUAUUAUUUAACUUUUUAUGAAAACAACUUUAUUAUUCUUAAAAAUAUUAUAUUCAUGGGAAUAAAUAAAGCAUUACAAAAGAAAACAAAUAAAAAGCUUUCAUGUUUUAUCUUAUCAUUAUUUUAUAUUUUAAUUUGUCUUUUAUUAAAAGUAAAAACAAAAGAAGAAUUUAUACUAACUUUAAACCAUGAAAAAAUGCAUAAAAAAGAGGAUAGAAAAAAGAAAAUGCACAAAAAUUCAUAUCAGUUAAAUAUGAAUAAUAUCAAAAAAAAAUAUAAAGUAAAAAUAAAAGACAUAAAAAUUUUUCUAGUAAAAUAUUUGAUUAGUUUAAUUGAUGAAAACAAAUAUAAAAAUAUAGAUUUUAUAAAUAAGAAAAAGUUUCAUAAAAACAUAAAAAAAAUAUUAAAUAUAAAAAGUUAUGAAGAUUUAGAAGAUUACAAUUAUUAUCCAAGUAGAUAUUAUAAAAAUAAAAUGGAUAAAAAUAUUGAUAAAGUAUUUCUCAUAAGGAAAAAAAAAAAAAUUAUGAUAGCAUCAUCAUUUAAUGUAAAAAAAAAUUUAAAAAAAGUAAACUAUUUUCCAAAUAAUUUUUCAAGUAAAUUUAUAUAUACUCUUUUAUCAGCUUCAUUACUAUUUGAUAAAGAAAAUGAGCUAUUAAUAAAUGAUCAAUUUAAAAAAGAUAUUAAAGAUAAAAAUUUUACAAAAUAUAAUUUAUUGGAUUAUAUUAUUUACUGUUGUUUUUAUAUAUUAUUUUGUAAAAUUAAAUUAAUUAAAAUAAUGAAAGUUUUUUAUAAAAUGGAUGAAAAAUACAUCAAAAAAAAUUUUGAAGUACUAAAAAUGAACUCAUAUAUAUAUAAUAAAAAAAAAUAUUCCUUAUUACAAUUUCACUUAUGUAUUGAGAUUCUUAAUUUAAUAUUUAGUAAUAUUAAAUUUCUACCAUUUAAUUCAAUUAAAUUAAUUUUUGAUAUAUUUUUAAACAAAGCUUUUUUAUCAUUGAUUGUGGAUAAAAAGGAUAAAAAUAUAAACAAUUUUCAGAAUUUAUUUUAUAAUUUUUUUUUUGUUACUUUCUACUCACAAACACAGAAAUUUGUAUUGUUGCCUCAUUUUAUUUAUCAGUAUCAAAGAACACUACAUCUUUUACAUUUAUUAUCUAAUGUAUCAAUUUGUGAAAAAAAGAAAUUUUUUAAUAAUUCUUUUGUGUUAGAAAUUAUAAAGAAUUGUUUUCCACAUACAGAUUCUAUGGAUCUAAAUAACUCGUAUGAAAAUAGGAACAGUGAUGAGAAGAAAUUAGCUGAAACAUCACAAAGAAUGUUGAGAAGUAAAAAAAAAUUUUUGAAUUAA